AUGCGGCGUAAAGAUCCAUCGCCGCUGACCCACUUUUCUAGUCGAGGCAGAAGUCUUAUAUCAACAAGAACUCUUCAACAACAACAGCGAAAAGUACAAAGCAGCAAAAGUCUGCUACCGAGGAGUUAUUCAUCACCAGGCGCACAAAACGAUUCUGAUUGCUCUAUACCCCAAACACAAAGAGGGCCUAAAGCUCACGGUUCGAGGAUUGAAUUCGACUCAGAUCUAGAGAAUUUUGAGCAAUUUGAGGAAUGUUUUAUAGAUAUUGAUGCAGAUCAAGAAGAAGGUUUAUUAACACAGUACAGGAGUAGCCCCGAAAGGGAUGAACCAAAAAAAGUAAUGACAACGAUCCUUCCGGAUACGUGUCGCCUCAACUUCAGGCCGUUGGUGCUAAAGAUGCCUGUAGCUCGUGAGCCUUCUUCGUCUGGAAUCGAAGAGUUACAAUCGUCUCCACAGCUGGAACUUGAAGCUGCUGAACUGGACAGGGAAUUAGACAAUGCAGAGCAACAUUUGAACAAAGCAGUAGCUAUAGAAACGGAGGAAAGUGAUGCAGAUACGGUUUCAGCAUCGUUCUGGUGCAAUAAUACGUUUACCUCGACGUCGCAUCUCGUUUACGAGCAACGGUUUAUUUACUACAGCUACGAGACGACGGAUAUGAAUAUGACACGUGCGCUCUCGUGCUAUCAGCCUCCCGCGCGCGACGAUAACAAUACAGAUCGCGUUCAACAACACUAUUAA